AUUCAUUCAUAUCCAUGGUCUGUGACAACACACGCCAAUGAUGCAUUUUUAUUGGUGUUUAUUUCCAUAGCGGGUACACAUAACCUAUCCAUCUGGGUGUAACGAAGGCAGCCUCUAUUCCGUGCACGAUGAAUUGACCGAAUUGACUUUUUGGAGCACGAAUGUUGGAAUUGCAAGCAGAAAUCGCAUUCGCGAGAAGCGAACUAGUGGAUCAUGCGACUAAAAUGUUCCAUCAUAGGGAAACACGUCGUUCGAUUCCUGUGGACUUGUUAUAUCUACCUGCUUUUGUUUUCACGGGGGUGCGAUUCCAUCAUACCAGAGGCGAGUCAGGAGGGUCCGUUACAUCCCUUUAAAAGCUACAGCGAUGUUGCUACUUUUCAUUACACAGUUCCUAAAGAGGUGCUAAGAGCCACUUGGCAGUUUGCAGCGUUUAUGGACGAUGGGAAUUGUUUGCCACGAGAAGUUCACAUAUACCUGCAACGUGGCAGCUAUCCUAUUAUUUCUGUAAAUAAUGGAUCAUUUCCACCGCAUAUGUAUCCUAAUCGUAGUGGAACUAUAGUCAUUUCCGCACUAACUUCUUUUGAUUCCAAGACAACCACUAUUGUACCGGUUGAUGGACCAGAGCCUGGAGACUGGUUCGUAGGUGCUUAUUUGUCUCAUUGGGAUGAGAAAGUUCAGCAACAAGUGUGUACUCUUUCUUUACAUCCAUAUACUACGUCAUUCUUUUGCUUUAAGGGUCUUGGCCAUAAGUGUCAUUACAGUAUAGGUUCCGUGGCAUUAUGGACACAACUGAGUGGUAUUCAAAAUAUUCCUAUAGGGUAUCAAGAAACUCUACGUACAACCGAUACAACUUCUUAUUAUAAAAUAUACAUUCCAACUGGAACAUGGAAUUUUCGUGUACAAAUUUGGGCAUGCAAUUUCACAUUGCAUGCCUUUCGAGAUAUCUCUGUACCUUGUAUACAGAGUAUGGCUUUAAAAGGACAUGCUUUGCCAGUUUUUAAUCGGACACAUCCAGCUCAAAUUGGAAAUUUGUCAACAACGGACAGUUACACAUUUAUAGUAAAUUCCCCAUAUGAGGAUAGCUAUUAUUAUCUAUUAAUUGUCUCUGAAACUAUAAUAGAAUUUAAUGUUGAAGUCAGUGUUACAGAAUGCCCUAUCGAUGUAUUGGAAGAUUCGUUCAUGAGGCAAUAUUUAAUUGCAUCGUCUGUAUCUAAGUCAAUUCAGUUUCAUAUGAACAUAUUAAAAAAUCAACAAAUACGUCAGUUUUUAAUCAGUGAAAGCAACUUUCCACUUAAUAAAAGUAAGUUGGUCACAAGUCAAGAUAGAACGCAGAACGAACAAGGAAACAAUGAUGAUGAUGAUGAGUGCAUCCCACGUUUUCAACUUGCUAGAAUUAGACAUUCAAAAACAUUUUCUGGAGUUUACUUAAUGCAGGGAAAUGAUUGGUUGACACCAUGGAUUAUAUUGACAGACACUACUCCAGUGAUCGCUCAGUUUGAUGUUUUACCUUUAGUCGAUAUCGGUGGUACUCUUAAUAUCAGCAUUCAUUUAGAGAUGGAUAGGGUGUUAUCCAAACAAUUAGUCCAAUUGAAUAUUUGUAUUCGGCAAGCGCGUGUGCCUGAUAGAAUGAACGGACGAAUAGUGUGUCACGAUAGGAACAUGUCAAUGAAUUUAUCUUCUUUUGAUAAUCAUGAUGGGACAUUAUUGAUACCUUAUCCACAGCCAAAUACGUGGCAUAUUGCUCUAGAAGCAAAAUGUUACAUGAAUGGAAAUAUCGUAAAAUGUGAAAUGCAAGAAAUUUUAGUAUUACUUGAUAUUAAAAUGAGACAGUGCGUAUUUUCUGGUGAAAAUGCAUGUGGCCCCCAUGGAAUUUGUCAAGAUAUUCAUAAAGGUCUUCUUUCCUAUACAACAUGUAAUUGCAUUGGAGGAUAUAGAGGUUGGGGUUGUACCGAUGCGACGAAUGUUAAAUCCCAAGAUUCUCUACUGUUAACAACAUUGAUGCUCACGCUAAGCAAUGGAUUUUUUUCCCCGGCAAUUUAUAUAGCUGUACGACGAGGAUUUUACACGGAAGGUCUAGUCUACUUAUCUACAAUGUUGUCCUCGGCGUUAUAUCAUGCGUGUGAUCAACAAUUUAUGACAUAUUGCAUUGCAAAAUACGAGAUUUUGCAGUACAGCGAUUUUUUUUCAAGCAUUCUUGCCUUUUGGGUGACACUUAUAGCAAUGGCUGAAUUGCCACCUAAGUUUGUAUCGUUGUGCCAUAUGCUUGGCGUUCUUAUUAUUGCAUUUGGAGUAGAAUCCAACCGAACAGGAUUGUGUAGCAUCAUGGUGCCCUUGUCCAUGGGAAUUAUGAUUCCAAUGGCUGUGUACAUGUACCGUUGUUAUAAAAUCAGAAGAUGGAGAUGGCCAAGAGGAGCAGGAAAAUUAUUAAUGGGCCUAUCAUUAGCGCUCUCGGGUUUACUUUUAUACUCUUUGGUGGAGACCGAAGAAAAUUAUUUUUAUGUUCACAGUGCUUGGCAUAUGAUAAUAGCAUUGUCGCUGGUAUUUUUAUUGCCACCUGCAGGUCUCGAAAAAUCUUUAUUGUUAAGCAGUAACUCGUUGAGUUGUUCCGAUAGUGAAUUACUUGAUUACCAGAACUCACCGAGUAUUCCUGUUUUCACUUCAAAUGCUAAGAACACUUUACUGCAAUAAGUUGAAUGUCAACGGUAAGUGUUGACCUUGUACCAAAAAUGUAUUAUACUGCAAGAUUUCACGUGCCAAAAAGACUCUGACCCAUGACGUGUAUUUUAAUGUAACGAUAAUAGUUAAUCAAUAUUUUCAUUAUAGUUCCUGGAACUAUUAUAGUAAUAAGACGAUACCGUGUGAUGACCGCGGUAUCCAAAAUAAAUCAAUCAUAUUACUUACACAUUAUCUUUUAUGUAAUAUGAACUAACACUAAUAGAGAGGUUUAAUGUUGAAAUACUCUUCAGUGACCAGAUUCAAGUCUUGUAGAUGUUGAAUAUAUGUAUCAAUGUUACAUCGAAUAUGUUUUGUUCGAGUAAUACGGGAUACAAAAAAUAAUAUGGACUUGACACUAUCAUAUGACUUAGGAAAUGUUACGUGCAGGUACUCGAUCGUAUUACAAAAAAUAGUUGUACAAUAUCUGUUCUGCAGGGUGCGAUAAUACUAAUCACACAGAUCCUAAAUAUUUUGGUGCUCUGAGUAUUAUGAGUACUUAUAACUUUGGAACAUUUACAUUGUACGGAAUGUUUCAAAAGCAUUCGCCCGUUCGUUUCAUAAGUCCAUGACAUUCAUAUUCUCUGCUGCAUUUAUGAAAGUAAAGUGAUGCAUAUUCAUAAGACUAUAAUAAUCUUGACUAGACGGUAGUAUUCUCACGUCCAGAUAACUUCUACUUUACAUUUUCAAUUCUGUCUGAUUACAGUACUCGUUAAUUAGUAUUUCAAAAAUAUAAUUUUAGAAAUAAGAAAAUAUAGGUAUAGAGAUGUAUGUAAGUACAAUUUCUAGAGAAUACCGUCGAUUUUCAUUAUAGCGUUUGUCAUUUACUUAUUAUUUUAUACAAAUGUCGUGUGUAUUUUUCGAUAGAUAAUACGACAGACGAUGUACCUAUAAAUUAAUUGUAAUUGAUGUAAGUUGAAUAUAAACUUCAAACGCAUUGCAAUGUACAGUAAGUAGGUUAAUUUUAUACACAUCAAAGCAAUUCAAAUCAUAUUAUAUUUUCAGUGUAAUCUUUGUCGUCGAGGCAUUGAAUCGUCUUUCUAUUUUAUGAAAUCUUUAUUGAGUCUAAGUAUUAUAAAUUACUUCCAUACGUUGUUUACUACAUGAAAAUAAUUUUAUUUCAUCAAUAUCAUCCAAUAUGGCAUAUUAUUGUUAAACGUUAGAAUUUUGUAGUACACUUCAAAUGUGUUCAGGGUCAGAGUCAGAACUGAAUUGAGAGGUUUUAGGAAGUGCAACAUUAAGAUAUUCGUUUUAAUGGUGCAUUUGCCUAAUGAUUGCAGAGCGGAAAGCGAAGUCUGGAUGGGCUAUAUUACCUUUAUUAUUAGGAUGUAAAACUACUUAAACAGUUUUGGUUGUUAAAUCCUUUAAAACAAUUUAAAUACUUUUUUCGAAUCUAUUUUACAUGUAGAUAUCAAGAUAGGUAAUUGUUGGAGAAAACAUUUGAAUAUACUUUUCCAGUACGUAAUAUUUACAUGUAUUUCACGAAUUUUUACCGUGAAUAAAUUUAAUUUUUUGGUUUAAUUUAAAGUAGUAUUGAAAAUCUGAACCACUUAGCAAGCAUUAAAAAAAAAUUCCCUGAUUUACAUAAGGCGAUAUUAAAAAUGAAUGGAAAGAAACUAGUAGGAACGAUGAUUGAAUAUUGUUUUAAAGUAAUUAGUAAUAUACGGAUAUACGUAUGAUCGUAACUCUACGCAGCAGCCUUCCAAACAUUACCGUGUUACCUUACUCAUAUAACCUGUGUAAUAUUACACGUCAUAAGAGCGUAACCAUUCAUGAUAUCGAUAUAAUUUGUUAUGUACACUUUUUCAUCAAAUACAUGCAAUAUCUUUACACAAAUAAAUUCAUUAUAGUCUCACUUUAUCUUUCGAGUAACUUUUGCCUUACUUUUUUUAACUU